AUGAGACGCAUCUCUCGGUCUCUCCCUCUCCCUCGUCCUGCGACUCCAAUCAGGCAAUCAGCGCGACAGCGCCGGCCAGGCCUGGCGCCAGCUCCGGCGGCGCGGACGGCCGAACCUGCAAUCAUGAAGAGGAAGAUAAUGCUCUUUUUUUUUGAGAAGGUUGGAUCAAGCUCCUGCCCUGGCUCCCAACCUGAACCUACUGCUACCGGUGUUGAUGAUUCCAACACAGCCGAACAAGGACAAAGUAGUGGACAGAGUGACACUCUUGAUCAGAAUAUUUCAGCAUCUGUAGAAGGUCCACAGCAAGAGACAGUUGUAACAGCAGAAACAGAUUAUAUUAGAGACCCCCGCAAACGUCUUCAAAUUUGGCAACUCCCUCCUGCCAAGCAAGACGAAGCUCGGCGUUUUUAUAUAUCUGAGGGCGCAUAUCAACCGAUCCUACAACCAGAGGAAUACCCAUUUGCUGGAACGGGUAAUCAUCGCCGUCGAUUCCAGAAAGAUUGGUUUACAAACCAUUUUUGGUUGGAGUAUUCAACUGACACACAUAGGGCAUACUGCUUGCCUUGCUUCCUCUUUUCCAAAAAGCCAAUUGGAAGGUGUGGCUCAGAUACAUUCACAGUCAAGGGAUUUCAAAACUGGAAAAAGGUCAAUAAUGGGAAAGAAUGUGCUUUUCUAACUCACAUGGGUCGUGAUCCUAACUCAGCUCAUAACUUUGUUGUUAGAUGUUUUGAAAAUCUUAAGAAUAGCAUGUCUCAUAUAGACAAGGUAAUGGUGAAGCAAUGUGAGAAAAGAGUGGCAGAUGCGAGACUAAGACUCAAGACUACAAUUGAUGCCAUUAGGUGGUUAGCAUUUCAAGCGUGUCCCUUUAGAGGCCAUGAUGAAUCUCCAGGAUCUAAAAACCGAGGUAAUUUUAUUGAGAUGCUCAAGAUUCUGGCGUCGUAUAAUAAAGAGGUCAAUGAAGUGGUGUUAGAAAAUGCUCCAAGAAAUGCAAAGUACACUUGCGGGGAAGUCCAGAAAGAAAUUGUAAGCAUAAUUGCUCGUAAAGUGCAGAAAUCAAUUAAAGAAGAAAUUGGCAAUCGCAAGUUUUGUAUAAUGGUUGAUGAAGCUAGGGAUGAAUCCAAAAAAGAGCAUAUGGCGGUUGUUAUUAGAUUUGCUAAUGAAGAAUCAAUUAUUACAGAGCGCUUUCUUGAUGUAGUGCAUGUUAAAGAUACUGCUGCAACAACUCUCAAAGACAAGAUACUUGUUGUUCUAGCUUUCAAUAACCUAAAUGUGCAAGAUAUCAGGGGCCAAGCAUAUGAUGGGGCUAGCAACAUGAGGGGAGAGUGGAAUGGAUUGAAGGCUCUUAUUCUUUGGGAGUGUUCGUAUGCAUACUACAUUCAUUGUAUGGCUCAUCAGCUGCAGUUGGCUCUUGUUGCAGCAUCCAGAGAGGUACAUGAGGUACACAACUUCUUUCAGCAUGCAAACUUUAUAGUCAAUGUUGUUAGUGCUUCUUCCAAACGCAACGAAGAAUUGCUAGCAAACCAAGCAGCUCAAAUUGAAUGAGAGAUCGAACUAGGAGAACUUGAUACUGGCCGAGGGGCAAAUCAGUUAGGCUCUUUACAAAGAGCAGGAGACACUAGAUGGAGCUCCCACUAUAAAUCAAUCCAAAGCUUAAGAAAGAUGUUUGCUGCUUUUGUUUCUGUUUUAAGAAGUAUAGCAAGUGAUCGUUCGGUCUCACAAUUUUCUCGAGGAGAUGUUGUUGGUGCUCUAGGAUUCUCAUCUCAUUUGAUUUUGUGUUUAUUCUGCACCUAAUGGAAAAAAUCAUGAAGAUCACUGAUGUGUUGUGUGUAAGACUGCAAAUUAAAUCUUUGGAUAUUUUGAAUGCUUUGGAUUAUGUGUUCACAAAGGUGCUGCUUGUUGACUUAAGAGAAAAUGGUUGGGAAUCUCUUCUUGAAGAGGUUAAUUCUUUUUGCCUGAAGCACGAGAUUGAUAUUCCGGAUUUUAAUCGCAAGUACGUUGAUGUGACCAAAUCCAGAAACAAGCAUGACAACACCACAACACUCCAUCACUACAAAAUGGAUGUAUUUAAUGUUGCCAUAGACCAACAGUUGACAGAGUUAGAUGAUCGUUUCAGUCUUCAAGCGACAGAGCUUUUAAGCCUUUGUGCAUCAUUGGAUCCAAGACGUGACACAUUUGACAUUUCAAGAAUAUGCACGCUAGUUGAAAAAUUAUAUCCUGCAGAUUUUUCUUCUUAAGAAAGAGCUCAGUUGGAGUGUCAGCUACCACAUUUUCAACUUGACACAUGCAACCAUCAAGAACUGAAAAUGUUACCAUCACUUGCAGCUUUGGCACAUGGUCUGGUCAAAACAGGUAAAUCAUCUAUGUAUUCAAUGGUCGACAGGUUAUUACGAUUAGUAAUAACUCUCCCGGUGUCGACUGCAACAGCAGAGAGAGCAUUUUCAGCUAUGAAACUUGUCAAGACUCGUCUUCGAAGUACAAUGGGUGAUGAUUUUCUUCGACAUUGUAUGAUAAUCUACAUCGAGAAGGAUAUAGCGUCAAAGUUUAGUUCUGAUGAAAUUAUAGACAUAUUUGAUCUUCUUGGUUGUCGCAAAGCCAAUUUCAAACUAAUAGAGAUGUAACUUCUUUGCAUUGUUUGAUUGACUGUAUGGU